CGUUACUGAAAGCCACAGCCAAAAACACAAACAUUUCAUUUCAUUCUCAUUUCAUUCGUCAAUCAGCCACCAUUUAGGGUUUCGAUUUAUUUAUUUCAAAAAAGAACAAAAAAAAGAAGAAGAAAUGGCGAUGGCUGGGCGAUUCAGAUCAUCUGUUCCUCAAUUAACUAAAUCUCUAAUCUCCUCUGAACGUUCCGUAAUCUGCCCUCUUUUUACCGAUCCACAGCAGUCAAGGAACUUUGCCUCUGCUUCUGCACCAAAGGAACCAAAGAUAAAGGUUCCUGUUGCUAUGUUCGGGGGAUCUGGAAACUAUGCCUCUGCAUUGUUCAUUGCAGCAGCAAAAGUCAAAGCGUUGGAGAAGGUUGAAACAGAGCUUUUUGAUCUUGUUGCGGCCACUCAGAAAUCCCCUACAUUUUCUCAGUUCAUGAAGGAUUUGGCAGUGCCAGCAGAUACUAGAGUCAAGGCUGUGACCGAGAUCUGUGAUCAAGCUAAAUUUUCUGAAGUUACUAAGAACUUUUUAGUUGUUUUAGCUGAUAAUGGGAGGCUCCGACAUGUUGACACUAUUGCAAAGAGAUUUUCAGAUCUCACCAUGGCACACAGGGGAGAGGUCAAAGCUGUUGUCACUACUGUUAUUCCACUUCCUGCUGAAGAGGAGAAAGAACUGAAAGCCACUUUACAGGAGAUUCUUAAAGGGAAGAAAGUUAAGCUUGAACAGAAGAUUGAUCCUAGUAUUCUUGGUGGAAUUGUGGUGGAAUUCGGGCAAAAGGUAUUUGACAUGUCUAUAAAGACUAGGGCAAAGCAGAUGGAGAGGUUCUUGAGAGAUCCCAUCAACUUCGAUGCCUAAACAAGGUCUAUUGUGUUCUCUACUCUUACGUAUAAGCUUCCCGAGAUUACCAUAUUUCUUUAGAAUGGAGCCUUUAUUUAACUUUCUUUUCUCGAUUUGGGUCGAUGCUCACCCGCUUUCAUUUGAUUAUGGCUUUUUGUAAUUUGCAAAUAAAAAAUCAUUGAGAUCUCAUGUUUUUGGUGAACAUGUUUGAAUAUUUCCUGGGGUCAUAAUGUUGGCAUGUUGCUAGAAUCCAGAGUUUAUGGGGCCUUAAUCUUGUUCGCCAUGAAGUUGUCACUGAGUUUGACACUGAUUUUUUGUCCAUUUAUUUGAGUACAAUAAGCUUAUAUAAUCCAGAGAGCGUUUUAUUAUAA